GGCCUGAGCCCGGGGGCUGCGUUUCCGGACCCGCUGGCCACAACCGCCGGGGGUGCUCUGAAGAGGAGCGGUGGCGGAGAGGCGAGCUCGCGGAGCAGCUCCGGCAGCGUACUCCGAGGCUCCGCGGGCAUCUGUCCGCAGGCUGCCUGGCUUCGGCCGCUGCGAUGCGGCCGGCGGCGUCGGUGCGCACGGGCGGGAGCCGGGAGCGGGCCUCCGGCGGCCCAGCGCCCCCAGAAAAUACAAGAGACAUCAUAAUGAUAUAUGAAGAAGAUGCUGAGGAAUGGGCUCUGUACUUGAUGGAAGUUUUUUUACAUGUUGUGAAAAGGGAAGCAGUCCUGUUAUAUCGCUUGGAGAAUUACUCAUUUUGGGAUUUGGAAUUGCUGAGCUUAAACUCUUACAAAUGUAAACUUUUGAUAUUAUCAAAUGGCCUGCUUAAAGACCUAACUCCAAGGAAAUGUCAGUUUCUGGAAAAGGUACUUCAUUCACCAGAAAGUAUGGUUACUCUGCUGUGUGGGGUGACGAGUUCAGAUCAGCUCUACAAAUUACUAAAUAUCGCUGGAGGCAAAUGGGAGAUGUCUACUGAGCAGGAGCCCCAAGAUUACAUCGCUGUAAUCGAGAGUAUCAUAUUCAGAGAUUCUGAAGACUACCUUGAGGUCAAUAUUCCAACAGACCUAGGAGUGGAACAUUCUGGGGAAACAAGUAAGAGAAAAGAAAUUGAAGAAUUAUCAAAAGCUUCAAGAGACACCAUACCCCUGGCAAUGGUGCUUCCUACUGAAAUUCCAUGUGAGAAUCCUGGUGAAAUAUUUAUUAUUUUGAGAGAUGAAGUCAUUGGUGAUACUGUGGAGGUUGAAUUUACAUCAAAUAGUAAAUGUGUUAGGACACAGCCAACCUGUUGGAAUAAGACAGUCUGGCGGAUGAAAGCUUUAGAUUUUCCUGCUGGCUCUGUCAAUGUCCGCAUCUACUGCGAUGGAGUCAUUAAGGCCACAACAGAGAUGAAAUACUCUACAACAGCAAAGGCUAUGGAAAACCUACUGGGAGUGGCACGUCCAGGAGAUGGUGUGUGCCAGAAAGACAUUGAUGAACUUGAUGAUAUUCUUACAUCCAUAUUCAAACGUGAGAUACCAUAUUAUGAGUUUCGAUCAUUCCAACCUGAAAUCGAUCCUCAAAAAGAACACACUCAUUUCAAAGAACUCCCAACUCUUCUCCACUGUGCAGCAAAAUUUGGUUUAAAGAACUUGGCUAUUCAUUUGCUUCAAUGUUCAGGAGCAACCUGGGCAUCUAAGAUGAAAAAUUUCGAGGGUUCAGAUCCAACACAUAUUGCUGAAAGGCAUGGUCACAAAGAACUCAAGAAAAUCUUUGAAGACUUUUCAUUUCUGCCAAUGUCUCCCAGGAGAAUCACUCUGAAAGGUGGAUGGACAAAGAGGAUCCCAGAAGUUAGCAGAAAUGAUGAGCAAGAAAAUGACUAUGAAGAUGAUAGUACCUCACUACUUACAUAUUCUCCCACCACACAGAACCCAGCAUUUCAUCGCGCAAGCGGGCGGACAUCAUACAGGCGGCGUGCAGAAGGAGCUGAGGCCCAUGAACGGGCGAACGAAGAAGAAGAGAAUGCAGGGGGCACAGAGGCCGAGCAGAGCCUAGCAGAGGUUGGCGGUGGGGAUUCUGUGAACGAGUAUGAUAAUGACUUGUAUGUGUUCAUUCCUGGAGACAGUCCAGAACAUAAUUCACCAGAGCCACUCAUGAGCUGCAGACCCCCUCUGCCCCCGCCACGACCUGUGGCUGCUGCCUCCCAACUGGAAACACCGCCCUGCACGUUACAGGCAGGAAAAAUGGUGGAAGGCCAGACGGAAAGAAGUCAAAAUUGGCGUGAUCUCGGAGCAAGACAAGAAACAGGAGGUGACCCCAAAGAAGAAGAAAAGAAAGAAGAUGAAAAGGAGCAGGGGAAGGAGGAAGACCCGUACACGUUUGUUGAGACUGAAGACAGUGACUAUGACGUGAUACUGGCCAAUAUGAGUACAAAGAAAAAAUUGGGGAGUCGGUCUUUUAUUAUAAACAGACCUCCUGCCCCUACACCUCGACCCACAAAUAUCCCUCCAAAAGAGGAAACCACACCUUACAUAGCUCAAGUGUUUCAACAAAAGACAGCUGGAAGACAAUCUGAUGGUGACAGGUUCCAUGGUCCUAAGAGACAAGACAGAGCUCGGAUGGAAAGUCAAGCCUUUUCCACUGUGGACUGUCUUGCUGCUGGGCAGGAAGAACUCAUCCUCUUGCAGGAGAAGGUCAAAAAUGGGAAACUAUCUGUGGAUGAAGCCCUAGAGAAAUUUAAACAUUGGCAGAUGGGAAAGACUGAGCUGGAGAUGAUUCAGCAGGAAAAACUACGCCAACUACGAGAUUGCAUUAUUGGGAAAAGGCCAGAAGAAGAAAAUGUGUCUGAUAAACUCACCAUUGUGCACCAUCCAAAUGGUAAUGAAAGUGCCCGCAACGAAAAUAUGUUGUAUAACAUACCCUUCCGCAAUAAGCUUCCUACUCGACUCCAAGUUGAAAAGGAAUUUGGUUUCUGAUGCAGGAAAGAUUACUAAAGAAGGUUAUUAUAAUGAAACCCAAAAAUAUGCAGACACUGUGCUUUCUGAAUGAAGCAAGCUUGCAUUUGGAUUGCCUGCUGUCUUCAGGGAAAAUACUAUACUAUGAAUGCAGAAGCAAACCUCUGGAUUUCACAGUUUGUUAUUGCCACAAUUUAUUGGCAUUAACUUGCUUCAGAUAGGUAUAUUAAGAUUCAAAUUGAAUGCCAUAGAGCAAUUGCAUUCUUUGACAAUUCUUGCAUUUCACAAUGCAUUUUGCCACUGAAGCAGCUGUUUCCCAUUUUAACAAUUAAAGGAAAACAAGAACAGAGAAGUGAAAUGCUCUGUAACAAAGUUAUUGCGCCUGUUUGAAGCACUAACCUUAACAGUUUACUCCUCUGUCCUUAGAAUGAACGUGAAAAUACAGAUUUGUUUCAUACAUACUUGCCUUUUAAGUGGCUGGUCCAUAUCCUAAAUUUCUGACAUUCAAAGCUAUAAUUAUUAUCAUCACAUCAUGUUUUCAAAAACCUUCCUUUAGUGACUAUUUGCAUAUAACCUUGAGAAUAUUAUUUUUUUAACUUUCUAUAUCUCAAAUUAAUAUACAUUUCCACAACCUACAUUCUUUAUUAAAAGGCUUACAAUUUCAGCAACCUAGGUCUUAGAAACAACUUACUAGCUUAGAAUAGAACAGAGUUUUAUCAUUCUAUGAUUUUCCAUGUAUGGUUCCUGCAAAUAAAAUGAAUGUUUAAAACUAUGUCUGACUUUCCAAAAUAAAUGUAUAAUAAUUAACCACUAAA